UCGCUUACAAACCCGAGCCACAUUCUUCCAUAAAUACGUGGCCCGAAGCUGCUUCCAGAAAACGACGCCGUUUCAUCCCCUAAUGGCGAAGCUCUACGUUCAGACCCUGCCGCCAACGGAUCUCAACCGGAACACCGAGUGGUUCACCUACCCCGGCGUCUGGACCACCUACAUCCUCAUCCUCUUCUUCUCUUGGCUCGUCGUCCUCUCCCUCCUCCGCUGCUCCUCCGGCGCCGCCUGGACCAUUCUCCACCUCUCCCAUUUCCUGGUUACUUAUCACUGCUUUCACUGGAAGAAGGGAACACCAUUCGCGGAUGACCAGGGUAUCUACAAUAGGCUAACCUGGUGGGAGCAAAUAGACAGUGGGAAGCAGCUCACUCGCAAUAGAAAGUUUCUCACUGUUGUGCCCUUGGUGCUGUACUUAAUAGCCUCGCAUACAACCGACUACCAACACCCCAUGCUGUUCUUUAAUACACUGGCAGUUUUUGUGCUAGUGGUUGCCAAGUUCCCGAACAUGCACAAGGUCAGGAUAUUUGGAAUCAAUGCAGAUCAGUGAACCAGGGUCCAGAUGAAGGAUGCAAUCUCAGAUUUACUGAAACAAGGUUUUGAUCACUUUGGGUUAAAAAUCUAAUGCUAAUAUCCUGUACAGAUGCCUGAUCUGGAAAGGGUAUUAUAUUUUUUUCCCUUUCAAAGUGAAGAUUUUUUAUGUGUACUGCUCUCUGGUAGAUCCUGGAAAUAACAUGUUGAGUUGUUGAUUGUAUUCCACCUUUGUUACUAGUUCCAAAUGAUGAAAUCCAUAGCUGUUCUUUAAUCCAUGGAAAUCCAAAUCCUCAAACAUUUUUCUUUU